UGUCCGUGAUCCCCCACCGCAGCAGAUCUCCGUGACACACGCCCCGCAGCGCCCGAGCCACGGGUCUCGCCAUGCCGGGUCCAGUGGCCGGUAGCAAGUCCCGUGUGUACGCAGACGUCAACACGCUGAAGAGCCGGGAGUACUGGGACUACGAGGCCCACGUACCCAACUGGAACAACCAGGAGGACUACCAGCUGGUUCGUAAGCUGGGCAGAGGGAAAUACAGCGAAGUGUUCGAGGCCAUCAACAUCACCAACAAUGAGAAGGUGGUUGUCAAGAUCUUGAAGCCGGUCAAGAAGAAGAAGAUCAAGCGAGAGAUCAAGAUCCUGGAGAACCUGCGAGGAGGGACCAACAUCAUCCGACUGGUGGACACAGUCAAAGACCCGGUGUCCAGAACCCCGGCGCUCGUCUUUGAAUGCAUCAAUAACACAGACUUCAAGGAGUUGUACCAGAAGUUGACAGACUAUGAUAUCCGUUUCUAUAUGUAUGAACUACUGAAGGCUCUGGACUACUGUCACAGUAUGGGAAUCAUGCACCGUGACGUCAAACCCCACAAUGUGAUGAUCGACCACCAGUUGAGAAAGCUACGUCUAAUAGACUGGGGUUUGGCAGAGUUCUACCACCCGUCCCAGGAGUACAACGUCAGAGUGGCCUCACGAUACUUCAAAGGCCCCGAGCUCCUGGUCGACUACCAGAUGUAUGAUUACAGUCUAGACAUGUGGAGCCUGGGCUGUAUGCUGGCGAGUAUGAUCUUUCAGAAAGAGCCGUUCUUCCACGGACAAGACAACUAUGAUCAGUUGGUGCGAAUUGCCAAGGUGCUGGGGACGGACGAGCUGUUCGGCUACCUGCGUAAAUACCACAUUGAACUGGACCCGCGCUUCAAAGACCUGCUGGGACAGCAGAGCAGGAAGCGCUGGGAACAGUUUGUGCAGACGGAGAACCAGCACUUGGUGAGUCCUGAAGCUCUGGACCUGCUGGACAAGCUGCUACGCUACGACCACCAACAGAGACUGACGGCCACAGAGGCCAUGGAGCACCCCUACUUUUACCCAGUAGUAAAGGAGCAGUCUCUGUCGAACUCUGACAACAACAUGGUUUCCAGUGGCAACACUACAGCGCGAUGAAACACAGAGGUGGAAGAAGAAGGAUGUUCGUUACCUCAACUUUGUACCCGGUUGUGACAGUAACUUUGACAAGUGUACAGUGACAAUGGAUCAAAGUAACUCUGACCAGUUACACACUCACAGAUAUAUGCAUACGGAUACACACACACACACACACACACACACACACACACACACACACACACACACACACACACACACACACACACUCACACACACACACAUACACGUAUAUACAUCAAUGCAAGCACACCUUUUUACACACACAUGCAGACAUAUACAUACACCCUACUCCUCUGUAUCAGUCUGUGAUUGGCUUGUCCUGGUUCCCUGUCCAGCAGCCUGACCAAUGAGCUUGAAGCUGCUCCCCCAACCCCCCCACCCCACCCCAUCCCCCACCCUGUCGUCCCCUCAAAUGGUCUCCUGUCCUCCCAGCUCAGUCUCAUGUAGGUCAACAAGGACAAACUACUUUUAAAGACAAUUCAAUCUCUCCUCCUCUCUCUGUCGUCCCUCCAUCCCUCCUUUCUAUCAUCCCCAUUUUGUUUGCAUCAGCAUGGAGAAUGAUCAGGAGUGUGAGCCUGUACAAGUCCCUCCCUCCCCCGUCCCCCGUUCAUCCAUCCGUCUGUCUGACCUCCCCCCUCUCCUCCUCUUCCUCCUCCUCCCUCCUCCCCAUCAUGUACCCCAACAGACAGACAGACGUCUUAGCACUACUCCAGUUCUGAAAGUGGCAUGGUGGACUCUCUCUAGAUAGAAUGA